GGGUGAUGCCAGCUGUGGAAUUGUUGAUAGAUUGUGAUAGUGGUGGCAGCUUCUGAUAUCUUCGAUGGCGAGUUUGGGCGAGUUAGAAGCCAAUGAGUGGCUUACCAUCGUCCAAGUGGGCAAAAAACGGGUGUGCUAUGAAGUGGCGAAGUUGAAAGCGGUGACUGCAGAAACGACAGUGCCAUCAAUUCCGUGGACCCGGAGUGUGCAGGAGCAGUUAUUGGAGACUGCAUGGGGGUUGGAGGAGGUGCCGCCCCCUCAUCUUCGUGCGCUCAUAGAUGGACCACGAUUGGGCAGUUUGAUGCGGAACUUCUAUGAAGAUCUUGAGGAGGGGCAAGAUCUAUGUGCUGAGCAGGAAGACCGUUGUUACGAGGAUGACAUCAACUCCGUUGCUGACGACGUCGUCGACAUAGAUAGUAUGGACAACGGCGAUCUUACUUGCACUACCGUCCUCGCCAACAACAUUGAUGACAGCAAAGACAUCGGUGAUUUCAUUCGCGGUGUUGUCUGUUAUAAUAACAACAACCGCGACAACAAUAACAAUAACAAAAGCAGCAAUUAUCGUUGUUCUAGUGACGUCGCUUCCGCUGGUGUCGUCAACAACAAUCAAAAUAGUGAUGACAAUGUCAGCGCUGGUGGCAACGAUAACAAUACCAGUGAUAACGAUUACGGCAACAACAACAACACCAACAACCACUAUAACACCAGCGAAGAAGGUGAGCUUCGUGCAUGUUUCCAAGACAAUAGGGGUGUUAGCAAUGAAGGUGAUAACAUUGAAUUUGACGGGGGUAUGACCUUUGUUGUAUUUGAGAAAGGCGAGCUUGCGGGGGUGGGGUCAUCUUUGGGCAUGCUUAUGAUGAUUUGGGGCUCCCCGACUGCGCGGAAUAGCAUACAGCUUUUCUCAUGGGAUCCAGGUGGGGAUAGGGGGGAGGGUUCUAGGGUGGGGUAGAGUCUUUACGGAGGGAGCAGUAGGGGAGAGAAAGGGUGGUGGAUGAUUGGAGCGGCGCCGCGGGCUGAAAAGGUGCGAUGGAGGGAUUGAUUGCUGCUCUGCUCUGUGAUAGUGCGAUUUCGAUUUAGAAUCUAAAUAAAGUUCCAUCGAUUUU